AUGGCGCUGACUGCCUUGGCAUGUCCAAAUGCAGCGGCGAUCAGGAUGAUAGCCGGCGACCCGUCUUUGUCCCUGGAAUUGAGCUCGAUCCAAUGUCUUGGCUGUCCCUGCCUUCCAAACACCCCUCCUCAACCCUCACCUCCCACCUCCACCGCAGCGUCUCUUCAUCCUGCCCCACCUCAACCUACGCCGGCUCAGACAUUGCUCACUCGCCCCAAGCGACCGCAACUCCGCCUCCAGGUCUCCGAGCUCAAGCUGGUUGAGCAACUGCACUCCUCCUUUCCCUCAUCCCUGUUGACUCCAACCAAGGGAACAACGAAGCCGAAGAAGGACAAAGGAUUGGCUCAGGAAAUCACUGCCAUUGACCGGGCCUUCGGGAGCGAAGAUGAGGAGGCAUGGGAGCUACGAGCCCCCAGUGGCCCCUGA